CCCAAAUUAUGACUCAAUCAGCUGAAGGUUGAGCAUUUCCCUUCUUCAGAGCUCCGAGCGGGUCUCAAGAGUUACAGCCGAGUGACGAGUCGAAGGAGUGAGUCGGAAAAAUGUUUCUCCGAAGAAUAGCGAGGCCAUUGAUGAUGAUGGCGAAAGUGAAGGAGACGACGGGGAUCGUAGGUCUUGAUGUAGUGCCAAAUGCGAGGGAAGUUCUGAUAAAUCUUUACAGGAAAACCCUGGAGGAGAUCAAGGCUGUGCCGGAGGACGAGGGAUACCGGAAAGCCGUGGAAAGCUUCACGCGCCACCGUCUCAGUGUCUGUCAGGAGGAAGCAAAUUCGGAAAUGAUCGAGAAGCGGCUUGGUUGUGGCCAGGUUGAAGAGUUAAUUGAGGAAGCUCAAGAUGAGCUUAAGCUCAUCGGCCACAUGAACGAGUGGAAACCUUGGGGUAUUCCCGAUGAUUAUGAGUGUGAAGUUAUAGAAAAUGAUGCUCCAGUACCCAAGCACGUUCCCCUUCAUCGUCCUGGUCCUCUUCCUGAGGAGUUUUAUAAGACACUAGAGGCUGUCACUUCUGGCAAAUUGGAGACUUCAAAGAAAGAUGAACCUGCAAUUGCAUCAGGUGAAUCACAAUCAAAGUAGAAUCUUCAAUGGCCUCUUUGUACUGAUCAACCCAUGUCAAGAUCCAAAAGUGAAUGUGCUCUCACUCAUUCAUCCUUGGGUUCUUCUCUUUGUGUUAUUUCUAUAUAAUCCUUUUAAUUGGACUGACUGGAGUUUGUUGACACAAAAGCUUGAAACAUUAGUUAAUAAGAACAAACCGAGCUGGUUAUUGCAACGGGUGUAUUUAUUUAUGUAGUUAAACUACAUAACGAUUUUCCAAUCACUGAAAAUCAUCACAAUGUUUAAUAAGGAGCCAUUUCUCAUUUGUGAUUGA